UGUGUCUGGCUGAUUUGUAAUUAGUGCUCCCCAUGUUCAGCAUGUUUCAGACCCAGGAAGAUAGGUUUCUUGCCAUUAAAACAAAGAGCAAGCAAAACAGUUCCCAACGUAAAGCAGCUGUUAGAAUAUUUUCACGUGCUUGAGUAAUCAGUUUCCUCUCUGAUGAACUCGUUGGACAGGUUUUAGUUUUUCCUCCUCCUAACUAGUUAGUGGGUUGAGAAGAGGGAUGUGUCUUGCUGGGGCUUUCCCCCUCCCCUCACCUCACAGGCUUCAACAUAAGGCCCAGGCAACAAUACCAGUUUGAACUUGCUCAGGUUAGUUGGAGACAAAAAGCUUUUCUCAGUUUGCACUCUGAGGUUGCAAAGCAGUGUAAUGUGACAGGAAGGAGGGAGAAAACGCCGGGGAAAGCCUGGAGUGAGCUCUGUUCAAACAUUGCUAGGGUGAACGAGAAGGGGGGGAGAAAGAGCAUUGCGGAGCAUCGACAGAGCCAGGCAGACAAGAAGGGUCUUUUCUUCAGAUGUUGCUCAUGACUGAUCAACUGCAUGAUGGGGAAGAACUAAAGCCUGUCAGGGUGCCCAGUAAAAGAGAAAACAAGGCUACUACUAUAACCCACUCGGAAAGUGAAAAUGGAGCAGAAGAGAAGAAGAAAGUCGGAAAAUCACCCAGUGUGGCAUCGCAGAUAUCACCUAGUGACGUGGAAUGUUUUGAAGACCAUAGGAAAGUUUCAAUUUCAUGGUCAAAGACAAUUGUGGAUAAUACCCUCUUGGCAUCAGAUGGCAAGAAUGACUCAAAGCAUGAAAGGAAGAAGCAUGCUUCAAAUCAGUUUAAAGCAAAUGCUCACUUCCACAAGCUGUUUCUGGAUGUCCCAAUUGAUGAGCCAUUGAGACAAAAUUUUACCUGCGCCUUGCAGAAAGAAAUCUUGUUCCAAGGGAAACUAUUCAUUUCGGAGAACUGGAUUUGCUUCCAUUCGAAGGUCUUUGGCAAAGACACUAAGAUCAGUAUACCUGUGCUCUCAGUAACACUAAUAAAGAAGACUAAAACUGCCCUUCUGGUGCCAAAUGCCCUGGUUAUAUCAACAGUCUCUGAAAGGUACAUGUUCGUCUCCUUUCUAUCCAGAGACCAAGCUUACAAACUGUUAAAAUCUGUUUGUCAGCAUUUAGAGGAUGUGAGUGUUGGCAACAGUCCCAAUCCUCCUUCUCCGGAAAAUAGUUUCAGGGCUGAACGCCCUACAACCUUACCUCUGGAUUUCAAUGAAGAUUUUUCUGAACUGGAUGGCAUCAUCCAUCAACGCAGAAAGGAGAUGGAAGAAUCCAGCAGUACUGGUUCUCAGACUCCAGACUUGGAACACUUCCAAGAUUAUCAUAUUGUUGAGACCCAGACUUACCUGAAGACCUCCAAGGUGGAAGGAAGGCCUCUCCCAGCAGAUUUACAAUCCAAAUGUUUAUGUGAUGAUAAAGUCAGGAAUGCUUCUAGAAAUGCUCCUCCCAGAAUCCUUGGAUAUUUCUACAGAGUCAAUUACCAGAAGUUUUUGUCAGUGAAGCACAUACUUGUUCUCUAUGCAAUUCUUGUGUGUAUAUUAAUUUUCUCUACAUUCUACAUGAGAUAUAAAAUCCACAUUCUGGAAGAUCAGCUUGGCUCCAUGGCUUCAUUCGUGGACUCGCAUCCUAAUGAACAUCCAGUGCAAGAAGGCUUCGAAUCUCCUCUGCAGCUUAAUGUCGAUGGUCUCUGUCAAGAGCUAACAGCUAAUCUUAUCAAACUGGAAAAGAUACAAAGCAACUUACAGAGGCUACUUGAAGACAGUGAAUAAAUCGCCAGUCCGGACUACUUCAUACCUCAUUUUCCUCUCAUAAGCAGCUCCAAAUAUAACAACAGACUCUGCAGGCCAGGGUGUAUGUCCUUCAACUGAAUCCAAACCCACCGUUUUCAUUGUCUGAGCUAUUGUACUUGGCAAUAAAGUGUGUCUAUUCAGUGGAUGAUGUCUUUCUAUUAUCUCUAAUGGUGUGUGAAUAACUGAGAAGACUGAACCUGACACUUGGUUAUAUUGCUAAAUCUACUGUUCUAUGAGUGUAAGACUUAAAUCCAUGUGACUAAGACCAGUGCUUGGCCUUGGAUGUAUAAUUUGCUGUACUUCCAUGUAUGUGUCUUUCAUAAGGUUAUAUUUAAAUGCACAUUGAAGUUUGCUUUACUUCCUUUCCUAUGUAGACAUAGAAGUUGGGCAAAUGUCCAACAUGUAGUUAGUUGGACCCUAUGGGCUUCAUUCUGCAAAGUACUGAACCUGCUCUGUUUUCCCAGGAUCAUUUUCUUGUUUGGUAGGAGUCGUACAGGUGGCUCUUGUUAUCCAUGGUCUCCAUAUCCAAGACUGGGUUUUCAUUAUUCACAGGUAGAAAAAUAGGUAAAAUUUGCCUAUCCACAGUUUUGAGUGGCCAGAAAUGACCCGUAAAUGACUCCCAAUGUUAUUCUGGCUGCCAUUUCCCAGGAGAGCUCUUUUUAAAAAACAAUGGUGAAUAUUUGAUCUUUUUGAGGGGUUGGGGUGCAUUGCUGGAGAAUAAGGGACUGUCCUUUUCUUCUUUUUUUUCUGCCCCCCCCCCUGCUUUUUGGGCCCGUUGUUGUAAGGAACCUAACCCCGCAAUUCCCAUUGACUCAAGGUUUCGUUAUUUGCAGUGUCCAUACUUGCACCUAUAGGUGAGAACGGAACUCCACAAAUAACAAGGGCCACCUGUAUUCCAUACAGAGUUGCCAAAUGGCCCUACUCUGCAUGUGAGGCUACAAUUUGAAGACAUAGAACAUUUAGCAGCUGAAGCUUUAUCUAGCAUGGAUCUUUUGGGAAAGGUUUUUAGUUAUGGUUGUGUUUUUCAGGUCAGAAUGCUGUUAAAGGCACAUCAAUAGAGCUGCUUAAAAAAAGAAAGGUUGUGGAAUGAAGGUUGACAACGCUCAUUCCACAUAUUUCAGUGAAACUGAAAUCUGCCAACAGGAUUUAGCUCAUUAACUAGCCUACAGAUACAUACGUUAAAUAGAUUUCUGCAUAAAAUACCUAACUACCAGCUUUGUUUUUUAAAGCACACUCAAGCAAGGGAACAUUGCUAAAUACUUAAAAUAUCUGGGGCCUGGCCAAAAGGGCCACGCACAGGUCUAGAGUUGUCAUACCUUCUCUCUCACACAUGCAUACACACACUGAUGUUGAGAAUUAAACCUUUUUUAUACUCACUAAAGGAAUCCAACAUUCUCUUCCAGUUUUUGAAGCCAUUAAUCACCAAUGCAUCGAGCAAUAUUAGGCAGCGCAAAGGACCAGGGCACAAAAUAAUUGAUGCAGGGCACAUGCCCAGUGCUGUCUCAAGUAGUAUAGAAGGUGGCAGACACAUUUAAUAGUACAGCAUAGCUCUUUAAAAAGAGAACUUAAUUUGUACAACUUUGUUCAUUAAACUGAUUUCUAUAGAUAGUAAAGUUUACCCUAAUGUAGACUCAAUUAAUUGAGAAAGUCUAUGUAUUGCCCCAAAGCAGGCUAAAUUGCACACUAGAUAAACUGGCAUGCUUGGAUUUAAUCCAGUGUAAUCCCAGAGUUUUUAAAAAGUAGCUUAUUGGAUUCUGUCUUACUGGAGUUUAGGAAUUACAACCCAUCUUUUUUUUUUCAUUGAGAUUUUAAUUUAUGUUUCUUCUAUUUAUUCUCCUAGGAAAAUGAGUUGGUUGGUGAGUGCAGAUUCUCAUUAGUUAUGUUGUAGCAGACAGACAUUGGUAGCUCAGUGACUUUUUAAUUGUGAGGAAAACAUUAUUUUGGCAACUAUAAUAUGCAUAACCUAUCUUUUUUUAUGUAUGUUAUCUUCUCAGUGCCUUACCAAUGAACAACCAAGUUAUCUAAUUAUUUGUUUGUCGGAUGGUUUGGUUAAUACUAAUGAAAGAUUAUUUAAAAUAUCUUAGAUCGGUAUAACAAAGUAUUAUGUUUACAUAUUAGUGACACCUUAUCAUUUCUGUGAAAUGUAACUUAUUUGUUUUUAAAAUAAACUAUUUCUAGAAGUACAGAAUGGGUCUGUAUCCUUUCAGUUAAUCUGAACUGUAGCCUAAUACUGUACUGAGUUAAUAUAAUCCUAAUAUUGUACUAAAUGGGGAUGUAAAUCAUAAUAAUGACUUUAGGUAACUAAAUGUUCCCUGUGAUAUAAAUGCUAUAUGUAAAUAAAUUAGAUGAUGCAUA